UAAAUUUUGUGCCAGUUUUCUUAUGUGAGAAACCAAGAAAAUGAAAUCAAUCGUUAUAUUAGUGGCCUUUGCCACUGUCGUAGCUGGUAAAGAUAUUGCUGCAGUUUCGAAGCUAACCCCAAACAACGCUACUAACAAUGUCAGUGGGACUGUUACACUUUUUCAAAGGGGUAAUGGGCCCGUAGUUGUGACUGGAAUAAUCACUGGACUGAAACCGGGAAAACACGGGUUCCAUGUUCAUGAGUUUGGAAAUAUUACCAAUGGUUGUGAUAGCGCUGGUGAACACUACAAUCCUACAAACCAAACACAUGGAGCACCAACAGAUUAUAUAAGACAUGUUGGUGAUCUUGGAAAUGUUGAAACUGACGAUAAUGGUGUUACUGAAAUAUAUAUUGUUGAUGAUGUGAUUUCUCUAACUGGACCAUAUAGUAUCAUUGGACGUUCUUUCGUUGUUCAUGUGGGUGAAGAUGAUUACGGCAGAGGAGGAACUCACGAAUCGUGCACAGGCGGAUCUUCUGGACAACGUGCGAGCUGUGGAGUCAUUGGAAUUGGAUCCCCUUAA